CCUGCGGUUCCUGCGGUGAUCCAAUACCGAUGCGUGUGCGAGGGUGACUCCUCCGGACGCGCGGGCCGUGGGAUCCGCCGCGACCCCUCCGCGUCUGGCCUCUGCGGGCCGAGUUUGGGAAAUCUAAGGUUUUUUUCAAAGUCGGAGUAUACGAUGAUCUGAACCUAUCACUAAUGUCUGUACAACACAUGGCCGCAGCUUCCCAAGAUCCGGAAUAAGAAAUAAAUAUAAACCAAGAAAAAGAGCCAAGAUUUUUUUUUUUUUGGUUUCGUUUUAAUGUUUUUAAAGUGGUGGGAGGGUUUAAUAAGUGAAACGCAGGGGAAACCUAACCGGUUUCCUGGGCCCCGGUCGUUGCAUAUUCAUUGAGCCCCCCGGGCACGGGGUUGGCCACCCGACGGAGGAGGAGCUGCGCGUGUUUUUCAGAAAGCCCGAGGGGCCGCCAUGGCCGAGAAGAAGCCCAAGCUCCACUAUCCCAACGGGAGAGGCCGGAUGGAGACCGUGCGCUGGGUCCUUGCGGCCGCCGGAGUGGAGUUUGAUGAAGAGUUUUUGGAAACGAAAGAACAGUUGCAGAAGCUGCAGGAUGGUAACCACCUGCUAUUCCAGCAAGUGCCAAUGGUUGAAAUUGACGGCAUGAAGUUGGUGCAGACCCGAAGCAUCCUCCACUACAUCGCAGACAAGCACAACCUCUUUGGCAAGGACCUCAAGGAGAGAACCCUGAUUGACAUGUAUGUGGAGGGAACGCUGGACCUGCUGGAGCUGAUUAUCAUGCACCCUUUCCUAAAGCCAGACGAGCAACAGAAGGAAGUGGUUAGCAUGGCCCAGAAGGCUAUCCUGCGAUACUUCCCUGUGUUUGAAAAGGUCCUAAGGGAGCAUGGGCAGAGGUUCCUGGUGGGGAAUCAGCUGAGCCUUGCAGACAUCGUUCUACUCCAGACCAUUUUGGCUCUAGAGGAGAAAAUUCCCAAUAUCCUGGCUUCAUUUCCUCACCUCCAGGAGUACACAGUGAAAAUAAGUAAUGUCCCCACAAUUAGGAAAUUUCUUGAACCUGGCAGCAAGAAGAAGCCUCCUCCCGAUGAGAUCUACGUGAGAACCGUCUACAACGUCUUUAUGCCAUAAAACAGCACAUGCGUCUGAGGAGUUAAUUUGUCCACGACUCUACCGCGAGGACAGCUGGAAGCUCAUGUUUGGAACCUGCUGGACUCUGCUCUGUGGGUCUCUUCCCCUGCUGGUUUCCGCCUGUAUCCUCUCCCUGUAAUAAACCAUGGCCGUGAGUACAACAGCU